CAGGCACUUGAGACAUGAAUCCUGCUGUCUUCCUAGUCAUCCUGUGCUUGGCAGUGGCCUCAGCUGCUGAAUCUCCUGAUGGCACUCUGGAGGUCAAAGAUCAAGAGGCGACGAUAACAAAUGAGAAGACGGUUGGAGAAGAACAGAGCAGAGUGAUGUGGGAGGAGUUUAUGAAGAAGAUUGAACAGGGCAAUAAGGAAGAUAGCCUGGAGGUUGACAAUGUCAACCCUCAUGUAAACGUCUUUGACGGCCUGAUUCCAGAAGAAUUCAAGAAAGAGACAAAUGAACUUGUAUUCAGAAUGUUUGAAGACGAGGAAAAAACCCAAACAGAGCCAGCUGACGAUUUUGAGGAUUGGUCAGGGAGCGGUGAUGCCAUUCCUGUCCGGGAUCAGCCACAGUAACAUGGAUGGCAACGUAAAGUAGCCAAGGAGUGAAGCGACCACUGUGCCUUUGUCUCAGAGCCUCCUGCCCCAAGAUGUGAGCUGCCUGAUGGUGAGGAAGAAGGUCUGAAGUGGGGAAAGGGAGCAGAGCAGGGUCAACAUCACAAGACCCAACACUCAAAUCCCUUCAGAGCCACACUGUGGUGUGAACUCCAGGGCAUGAUCACACUAGAAUAAAAAACCUUAC